AUGAUCCUCAGGCUGCUCCUGGCUCUCAGCUUCUUCCCGUCAAUUCUAGUAGCAGAAAACAAGAUUUUGGUGAAGCAAUCACCCAUGCUUGUGGUGUACAACAAUGCUGUCAACCUUAGCUGCAAGUAUACCUACAACCUCUUUUCAAAGGAAUUCCGAGCAUCUCUUUAUAAGGGAGCAGAUAGUGCUGUGGAAGUCUGUGUUGUGAAUGGCAACUACUCCCAUCAGCUUAAGUUUCGCCCAAAACCAGGAUUUCACUGUGAUGGGAAACUGGGCAACGAAACAGUGACAUUCCACCUCUGGAACUUGUUUGUUAACCAAACAGACAUUUACUUCUGCAAAAUAGAAGUCAUGUAUCCUCCUCCUUACAUAGACAAUGAGAAGAGCAAUGGAACCAUUAUCCAUGUGAAAGAGAAUCAUCAUUGUCCAGCUCACCCAACUCCUGAGACUUCUAAGCCAUUUUGGGCACUGGUGGUUGCUGUUGGAGUCUUGGCUUUGUAUAGCUUGCUAGUAACAGUGGCUCUUUUUACUUACUGGAUGAAGAGUAAGAGGAACAGGAUCCUUCAGAGUGACUACUUGAACAUGACCCCUCGGAGGCUGGGGCCUACCCGCAGGCACUACCAUCCCUAUGCUCCAUCGAGAGACUUUGCAGCCUACCGCUCCUGA